CCCACCCCAUCUUUUUGUGUAUCAUCACACCACCAUAUAAAGAAAAUCUAUCAUCUUUACUGCAUAAUACACUCAGAAAAAUGGCUAAAUCAACUUUCUCUCUCAUCUUUCUCCUGCUGCUGUCCUUUGUUUUUUCAGGUGAAAUUUUUGCAAUUGCCAAUGGACAGCAAACAUGGUGUGUAGCAAAGCCAUCUUCAGAUCAAGCCACUUUACUAGCAAACAUAAACUAUGCUUGCUCUCAAGUGGAUUGCAGAGUUAUGCAAAGAGGGUGCCCUUGCUUUUCUCCUGAUAAUCUCAUAAAUCAUGCUUCCAUUGCCAUGAAUCUUUAUUAUAGGGCUAAGGGCUGCCAAAAAUGGAACUGUGAUUUUAGAGGUUCUGGACUCAUUGUUAUCACUAAUCCCAGUUAUGCAAAUUGUCUCUACGACUAGGGGGAUAUUUCUAUUCUUGGUGGAAAGUGGAAGAUCUGUUGAAAUAUAUGUGAAUUAAUAUGCUCUAUUUUGUUCCUUUUGGAUCUUUUUGUAACUAGACCCGUUGCUAUUUGGCAUAAUCGCAUUUUCGAAUAUGCGAUAGGGAUAUUAACAUAUUACAACCCUCGCAUAUUUCCUACAAGAAAGUGAGAAACGCCUAUUUAAUCGACUGUUUUUUCCAACUUUGUAAUUAGUAGCAAAUUUUCGUCAAUGAAAAAAUCCUAUUCGCGAAAUAAAUAUGGACACUCUUGAGUA